GAGCGCGACUGGGGGUCCCGCUAAACUUCACAAGUAGAUUUGCAUUGCGAAAUCGCUUUCUGCCUGAUUCGCGCGACCAAGUAUCGCGACUGACGCAAAAUAAAAUACACGCUGCAUUUUAUGCAUUCGUGCUUAUCGCAUCUGCCGCUCAAGUUGGAAAAAACCGGACCCCAGCUUCAAGUCGCGCCACGACAACCAAUCAGGAACCUGGUGACGCGACGCUCUGGCCUAGUUCAAAGGGGCAGGUCCAGCCAAAGUCAUUUGUUCUUCAUUCAAUAUGUGGGAAAGGCUCAUCAAGGCAGUAGCCAGCCACCCAGAGCUGUAUGACAUCAACUGUGCUUUCUACCGAGACAGGAAUAAAAAGGACCUAGCUUGGAGAAAGAUAUGUAAAGAUAUAGGGCAACCUGAGGACAUCUGCAGGAGAAAGUGGAAGAGCCUCAGGGACACAUACUCCAAGGAGAAGAGGGUAGUUAAGGAGAAGAGUAGUGGGUCUGCAGCAGUAAAGGGGAGGAAAUGGAGGUUCUACACGGUCAUGGGGUUUCUGGACCCCUUCCUCACCCCGCGGGAGACUAGCUGCAAUAUGGUGCGGACCCUGGAGAACAUCCUUCCCGAGGACCAGAGACAGCCCGAAGAGGCAGCAGCGAAGUCCCAGUCAGAAGUGUCUGAUGUGGAGAGGAGGACCAGGUCUCUGCGGACACAGUACGGGAGGGUGCUGUAUCACCCGGAGAAGCUGAGCGCUGGAGAGCAGGAGAAGCUGAGCGCUGGAGAGCAGGAGAAGCUGAGCGCUGGAGAGCAGGAGAAGCUGAGCGCUGGAGAGCAGGAGAAGCUGAGCGCUGGAGAGCAGGAGAAGCUGUGCGCUGGAGAGCAGGAGAAGCUGUGCGCUGGAGAGCAGGAGAAGCUGUGCGCUGGAGAGCAGGAGAAGCUGUGCGCUGGAGAGCAGGAGAAGCUGUGCGCUGGAGAGCAGGAGAUGCUGAGCGCUGGACAGCAGGAGAAGCUGAGGGAGAAACUCUGUUUCUUGAGGCCUUACAUAGUUCGCAGGAAAGGAUAUUCAUCUCUGGCGGACAACUUUGUGGAUCAUAAUGAGAAGGAUAAAGAGGAGUUGAAGACUGAGGGGAACAUUGAUCAGGAGAUGGGCAGCUCAGUAAGCAGCCAGCUGGAUGCAGAUGGAGGUGGCCAAGACUUGGAUGAGCCCCAGUCUAUGGACUCUGCCCCGAGCUUCGCCCCACUUCAGUGUCCACAGCCUCGGGUCACAGAGGUCAUGUCUCUGAGUUGUCCGCAUCAUCGCGAUGAAGACAAUCAACCUGUUAAAACGGCACCCAAACACGACGUCCUCAACCAGUUUGCUGAGGUCAUGCUGGCUGACAUGCGGCAGGUUGAAGACCCUGUGCUGCUUAUGAGGCUCCGCAGAGACAUCACAGACCUGGUGUUCAAAGCGGUGGAGGAGGACAUGCGGAGGCGGUGUGUUCAAGCGCCAUCCUCAGUGACUGGGAAUGGCACGCAAAGCUGCUGCAAUCCUCUGCAGCUGUAUUCAAACAUCUCCUGGAGCCAGAGGCUUCUGAGGAAGAGGAGGAACAAAGGGCAUAGGACUGGAAGCAGGUCGCAGAGGCGGGAGGAGAAUAGGAGGGUGUCCAGGAGUCAGUUAGCACCACCUGUCGAUCCAGGGCAGUCAGCAGAGGGGUUGAGUGCAAACGGGCCUCAGGUUAUUCUUCAGGUGUUUGAGAUUAAAAAAGAUGGGGAGCCAGAUUUAGUAAAGAUUGAAGAUGAGCCUUUAGCCAUGGACUGACUUGAGAGUCUGUCGGGGCAAGAUGAGCAGGGUUUGGAGGGAUGGAAGAGAAGGCUGUCAUUUUUUUUCUAGUUUUUCUUUUAUUUUUGGAUCUUUCACCUCAGGGCCACCAUAGCUAGAAUUUAAACUAAAGACACAUCUCUGCCUUUGCAAAGUAAAUGUUUAUAAGCCUGUAGUUGAACUUUUGGAUGGUCUUCAUUCAGAAAACUGAAUAAGAUGAGGAAAUUAGCUUUAAACACAAGGCAGCUCUCUUUGUUACCCAGCUAAAAGAAGAAAAAAAAACUUGUCUGAAUCUUGUUUGGAUUUUCUGUUGUGAAUAAAGAAUCUCUUGUUUUCA